UGGCUCGACAGUAGAGCUUCACUUCAGAAGAGACCUCACGUUAAAUUCACCUUUACGACACAAUACAGCAUUAAACGCGGACGGCCUUAGAUUUAACGUACAUGACUUUUCAAAACAGUUAAAAAAAUAUCUAUUUUAGGGUUAAAAAAAAGUGCGCUGAGGAAUAAGAAGAGAAUGCAACACGAAUCCUGUGGGAUUUGAGUCCUGAGAGAGCGAGUGAGAUUGGAGCAAGAGAGAGAGAAAGGGAGAGCGCGCAAGGGAAGCAGCAGAAGAGUUUCUUUUAAAGUGGAAACCGACGGAGGGGCGAUAUUCACCCUUUUCUCGACUGAAGACGCACAUCUUUCUAAGGAAUUAUGAGGAACCUUUGGAUGAUAUUAACCCUCGGCUUCACAGUCUUUCUUUCGGGGGAAAGGAUAGCGGUCUCAGCGGCCAAAUCCCCCUCCACAACCGAUGACUUAUACCUGGAGGACGCCGGAUCAGGAGGUUACCCCGAAGAUGAUGAUGACUUCAGCUCUGGAUCAGGAUCAGGAACUGGAGAUGAGAUCGAGGAAGCUGCCACAGUAAACACAUUGUUCAUCGUGCCUAAAGCAGAGCCCACACAGGACUCAACCAAAGACUUCACACCGAAAGUGGAGACAUCUUCCGCCCGCGAUGUCCCCAUAGACAAAAAGAAACGAGUUAAGACAGAGCCCCCAGUUCUUGCUACAGAGGACUCGCGCAGAAACCCAGUCACAAGCACCACCAGCCUCCCUCGAUCCCCAUUGGAUCCCCUAAAUGUCCAGUCUGAAAAUCUCUUCCAGAGGACAGAGGUUUUGGCAGCUGUCAUUGCGGGCGGAGUUAUCGGCUUCCUCUUCGCAAUCUUCCUCAUCCUCCUUUUGGUGUACCGCAUGAGGAAGAAGGACGAAGGCAGCUACGACCUCGGCGAAAGGAAGCCCUCUGGUGCAGCUUAUCAAAAAGCUCCCACUAAGGAGUUUUAUGCAUAGACUCACUCAUAGAAACCAAGCUUCACCAAGCAGAGUGAUGGUCUACUAUCAAUGACUACGACAAACUUGUUCUGAAUUAAAAUCAUACAACAUGACUGAAGAAAAAAUAACAUAAAAGAAAGCUUUUGCUUAGAGUAUUGUAAUUAAGACCUUUUCUUUCUUUUAAUGAGAAAAAGCAAGUGUUGCUUAUUUUAUGGCAAAUCUCUCUCUGUAUUUAAACAUUUAUUUUCGGUGUAUUUGAAAAGGCUGAAAAGACAACCACAAUCUGUAAAGGUGAGGAUAUAUCCCAAUCUGUCUUCUGUCAAAGGAGCUGUUUUAGUCACUGACUACUUUUUAACUGUAGCAGUAUGUAUUUGUAAAGAACAUUUUUAAAGUGGAAUAAUUGAAUAUAAUUGUUCUGGAUCAUUUCUCAUCUUAUUUCUUUGAUUUAAUUUUUUUUGUCCUAGCAUGUCUGAUGUUGACCAUAAGUGUAUUUCAUUAAUUUAUCUUUUCUCUGAUUUAAAAAAAUGCCUUUUGGAUUAACUCUGAGUCGAUGUAAGUGUUUUCCUGCAGGUUACAAUUUUUAUUUGUUUUUAUUUCACAAUAACUCUGUUAGAACGACAGAUCAUGUGAUGUUUUGUUUUAUGUUCGCUUUUUCAGUUCUUGGUCUCAGAUCUGAACAAAUUUGUUCAAAGACCCACGCGUCUUGCAAAAUUGUUUUCAGUAGUUCGCUGAACACUGAGGCUUCAUCUACGCUUGAGCCCUGCAGUGUUUUUAAGUUAAGAAAAAUGACCAGUGCUAUUUGAAUACUCCCAUACAUCAGUUCUCUUUGUCCACGUCAUGGCGAUUCUAAAUCUGCCCUCAGAUGUCUGAAGAGAGCUAGAUUUAUCGAAUUGAUGAGCCCAUAGCCUUCCCUCCAUUACUCUGUUCUUAUAAUGAGAGGAUGAGGUACCUCAGACUGACUCCUCUUGGGGCCCUGACAUGGCCUACCCAUCCCUAGAUGUACAUUUGAUCAGAGCCAGUUCUGAUGUUUUGGUGAUGAAAGCCUCAAGACAGAUUCUGCUGUGAUCUGUUUUUAUUAGCUCAUCAAGAAAGUAGAUACAAUGUUUUGCUGUUACAGGGAGCAUCUCUCCUACUGGAACUAAACAUGCUAGAAAGUUCAGUCAACAUAUAUUGAAAUGGACUCUACAGUGGAAUCGUUGUUGAUGUUAAUUUCUUUUGUGGUUUCCAGUGGUACAAGUUCGGAAUUGGUUGGUAAUCAUAUAUAAUGUAUCAACUACAUCAAAAUCACUUGUCAUAGCUAAAAUGAGGUUGAUCCAUAAUAGUGCUCAUCAAAACCAUUAGUUAGGCAAGAUCAGUAUGACUAAACAAGCGCCGCCUCACUCUCUUUUCAUUCAUAUAAAGGUUCAUAUGAAGUUGUGAAGCAUUGUGAAUCCAUUGUGAAUCCACUCUUGCUUGAUUUCUGAAUCUGUCCUUUCUCGCACCCUUGUUCCUCUGUAAAACUGUACCCAACUGUGACCACCCCUAAGUGACUGGACUGACCCGUACCCAUCUAAGCUGGAGCUGAACAAAGCAAGGUAUUGAGAGAACACCGGCAAACCCAAAGACUCAUUUGAUUUUUACAUUGCUGUGUAUUCCUUUGGCCACACUUGAGUUUUUAUUUUGUUUCAUUUAUAGCUGUUAGUUUUUGUUUCUGUUUUGACUAGAAAUAUGACCAUUGAGUCUAAUUACGUAUUCAUGUAUGGGACAAAUCUAUAUAGAAUUAUAUAUAAAUGUAUAUUCACAAAUGUUUUAAACCUUCAAAGUGCCUACCAUUUGGAAACGUUCAAAUGUCUGACUUGGUUCCAGAUGAUUUGUGCGCCAGAAUGGCUAGAGUGAUCGAAUCAUGUAAGCACAGCAGACUGAAAUGAUAACUUUUUUUAGUUGUACAAAAAGCAGACAGUAUUGUACCUAUAAGUUAACAACACUACUGAAUAAACAUUGUGGCCUAAUUUUGCUUUUCGCACUUUUUAAAAACUUUUUAAUCGGUCUAUCAAUCUCACUAGCUAGCUAUUUAUCAAUGUCUGUUAACCCAUCUCUAUCUCUGUCUAAUUAUUGUAGGUAGUUGAAAGCAAACUAUUGGAGUAUGUAAUGCCAUGUAUGAAAAAUUCUUCCCCUGUGUCUAGAAUCUCAUGCAGGGACUAUAAAAUGGGAACCAAAGGGAUUAAAUGCUGAGAGUGUUUACACAUGGGCUCAGCACUGCAGAUUACUUGUGUAUUUAUUAAUCUUUAUUGGUUCUCCUCUGGGAUUACUGUUCCAAAGCUUGAUCCCAGUGGCUCUCUUAUUCAGAUCAGUGUCCUGGAUGGUGGAAUACAAAUGAUUGACCUUGUGGAAAGAUAAAUCUGAACAUUGCUGUCCAAGAUCAUGCCUGUGUUUGUAUUCACAGCAACCAAACUGCCAUGUCUUUUUAUUUUACUGGGAGGGCAUUGUAAAAAUAUAGUCGUAGUAGCCUAUAAUCUGUUAUAGUACACUGUAAAAAAUGAAUGCCAUAUUGUAUUCAGGUUGAUUCAGUCAUAUUAAAUAUUUGAUUUGAUUUGAAUAAAACAGUUAAU